GUAUGAUCUGGACAUGAUCAACGGCAUGGUCGACACCUCCGACUACUUCGAAGAGCGGCCGGACACUACCAAAACCAUGCCGCAAUCGACAAGCGACAACAAAAUACCUGUGGUCAACAAUUUUGUGGAGUCACCAGAGAGUCCGAACAACGAUCUGUACUUCGCGGACGGCAAGAGGAAGGUGGAUUAUGUGUUGGUGUACCACUACAGGAGACCAUCGUUACUACGCAGGUUUUCUGGCCAGCACAGACUGUCCGUUAUCUCUAACGGAAGUUUUACCUUGCCCAUCGGCAAGAAGGACACACAAGCGGCGAAAGCAGAGCCCGAGGUGGUCUUGGACAUGGAACCCAUAGAUCCCUCGGAAGGGGAGAAGGCAUUGGUGCGAGAGGAGUUUGAGGCGGGCCUCGUUGAGGCUGGCCUCGAAAUUGAACGGGACAAAGAGCACAAGACUCAAGGCGUGAGCUUCAUUCGAUUGCAUGCGCCCUGGCUUGUCCUAAGCAGGGAGGCCGAGUUCCUGAAGAUCAAGGUGCCCACAAAAAAGAGUUACGAGCUGCAGGACGAGAGGGGGCUUUCGGGUGUGAUGGCUGUGCUGUGGCGCAAACUCGGCAAGCCCUUCCAGCCCAACGUACCGCACCUGAACACCGAGAGCCGGACCAAGUUUCUCUCCCACUCCUUCUCCCGGGACAAAUUACACCUGUAUGACAUCAAACAGAAGGACACAUUCUUUGACAAUGCAACACGCAGCCGAAUAGUGUAUGAGAUACUGCGGCGCACUUCCUGCACGAGGACAUGCCAAGCCAAUGGUCUAAACUCAUUACUAGCGAAAGGUGUCUAUGAAUCUGCCUUCCCUCUGCAUGAUGGAGACUUCAAAGGUGCAGACAAAGAUGAUCAGAGGAACGACAGACAGCUUUUGCACGAUGAAUGGGCAAGAUACGGAGUCUUUUACAAGUACCAGCCUGUGGAUCUCAUAAGGAAGUACUUUGGGGAGAAGAUCGGCCUGUACUUCGCGUGGCUGGGCGUUUACACCCAGCUGCUAAUUCCGGCCUCGAUAGUGGGUGUGUUCGUCUUCUUCUACGGCUACGCCACCGUGGACACCAAUGUGCCCAGCAUGGAGAUGUGUGACAGGAGUCAGAACUUCACCAUGUGUCCGCUGUGUGACGGCGCGUGCGACUACUGGCACCUCAGCACCGCCUGCGACACCAGCCGCGCCAGCCAUCUCUUCGACAACCCCGCCACCGUCUUCUUCGCCGUCUUCAUGUCCCUCUGGGCUGCCACCUUCAUGGAGCUCUGGAAACGCAGACAGAUCAGUCUGAACCACAGCUGGGACCUGAUGGCCUUGGAGGAAGAGGAGGAGCACCCGCGACCAAAGUACGAGACCAUUUUGCAGCAUAAGAGACACAAGAAGAUCAGGACUAAAAAGCAUAAAACUGAGCCUGACAAAGGUGUGGAGGAGAGGGCGGAGCCUGGCAAGAACAAAUGGAGACAGAGAAUACGGUCUGCCAUGGGCGUAGCGACUCCGCCAGCACAGCAGAAGCUGACAUGGAGAGAUAGGAUGCCUGGAUACAUCAUCAACAUCUCCUCCAUCUUAUUCAUGUUUGGCUUGACGUUUUCUGCUGUGUUCGGCAUCAUCAUCUACCGGAUCACCACCUCGGCCCUGAUGGCGAUGAGCCCUGACCCCGAGACCAAGGCCAACGUGCGGGUGACGGUCACUGCCACCGCGGUCAUCAUCAACCUGGUGGUCAUCCUGAUCCUGGAAGAGAUCUAUGGUGCUGCGGCCGUCUGGCUCACUGAAUUGGAGAUUCCAAAAACCGAGAGAAGUUUUGAGGAUCGGCUGAUAUUGAAGUCUUUUCUUCUGAAAUUUAUGAACGCCUACGCCCCCAUCUUCUACGUGGCAUUUUUCAAAGGAAGAUUCGCAGGCCGCCCGGGGGACUAUGUCUACGUUUUCAAUGACUACCGUAUGGAGGAGUGCGCACCGGGGGGCUGUCUGAUCGAGCUCUGCAUUCAGCUCAGCAUCAUCAUGCUGGGGAAGCAGCUGAUUCAGAACAACAUCUGCGAGAUUGGCAUCCCGAAGCUGAAGAAGUUGUACAGGACGCUGAAGGAGAGGGGUGCCGCCCCCAAGGACAGUGACAGUCAGGAGGCCAGAGCACCCCAGCGCUGGGACCUGGACUAUGACCUGGAGCCCUUUGAAGGCCUGACCCCAGAAUACAUGGAGAUGAUAAUUCAGUUCGGUUUCGUCUCCCUGUUCGUGGCCUCCUUCCCUCUGGCUCCGCUCUUCGCUUUGCUGAACAACGUCAUCGAGAUCCGCCUCGACGCCAAGAAGUUUGUCACCGAGCUGCGGCGGCCAGAUGCCGUGCGAGCCAAGGACAUCGGAAUCUGGUACAGCAUUCUCGGCGGGAUUGGAAAAUUUUCUGUCAUCAUAAAUGCAUUUGUGAUCUCUUUCACCUCGGACUUCAUCCCUCGCCUGGUCUACCAGUACAUGUACAGUGAGACAGGCACCAUGCAUGGCUUCAUCGACCACACCCUCUCCUACUUCAACGUCAGUAACUUCAAGCCUGGCACUGCGCCAACCUCCUCCCAGUUAGAGAAGGAUGUCGUUUUCUGCAGAUACAAGGACUACAGAGAGCCACCCUGGUCUCCAGAGGCCUACCAGUUCACUAAGCAGUAUUGGUCAGUCCUUGCUGCCCGACUCGGCUUUGUCAUCCUGUUUCAGAACGUGGUGAUGUUCCUCAGCAUGCUGGUGGACUGGAUGAUCCCUGACAUGCCCAAGACCAUCAGUGAGCGGCUGAAGAGAGAGAAGACCAUGAUGGUGGACGUCUUCCUGCGGGAGGAGAAGGAGAAGCUCCAGCUCAUCCACAACCUGUUCCUCAAAGACGGGGCUGGCAAGACCCGUGGGAACACCCUGCCCCCACUGCAGAAGCAGCAGAAGGCAGACGACGCGGGGCCUCGAGCCCGCUGCCGUGCCGCCAGCUUCAGCCAGUUCAGCAGACAGGCAUCCCGAAAUAAGAACGUGAAGCACACAGAGGUGUGA